UUGUGAACCACUCGCCCCUAUCUUACCUCUACCUACUGUGCGAUCGCUCGGCUGCUAGCAAUCGAAGAAGCACACAAAAUGAUGAUCGCGCACUCACGCGGCUCCGGCUGACUAGAUCGUCUCGCCGGUCGUUAGGUUUUUUGCUCGCCACGGCCUGCUCAGUAAGUUUGUAAUCAACUUCGGGGGAUGAUGAUGAUGAUGCCUACUACUAGAUAUGAGUCGUAGCUCGUGCCGUUGAUAGCUAAGGCGCCGCCCGGCUGAGACGAAAUGUACUUGCAAAGCACAGCGAUCAAGGUUUUUGCGACCGAUUCGCAACAAAAAUUCCUAAAGAGACCAGCAGACGACGUCGAUUCCGCCUCCGACUCGUACGAACCACCGGUCAAGCUACAGCACAACGGAUCGGAAAACCUUACCAAGUUCUCGGUGGAGAUCGUCCAGCAGCUCGAGUUCACGACGUCGGCGGCCAACUCCCAGCCGCAGCAGAUCAGCACCAACGUAACGGUGAAGGCCUUGACCAAUGCGUCCGUCAAGAGCGAGGGUCCCAGCCCUGCCCAGCAGCAACAACAGCAGCAGAACCAGGCAGGAGCGAACGGAGGCGGAAAUGGUGGAGGAGGUCCCUCGGGAGGUGGUGGCGGCGCAGGAGGCCAUCCUGCUGCGCCAUCCCCACACAUGCACGACCUUGGCCGGAUUGUGGACUUCAAGCAGGAGCCGGAUACCAACGAGUUCGCCGAUCUCUCGGCAGCACUCGAUAAGGACGCCGCUGCCAACGGACACUUCCCUGGUCUUUCGGACCUCAUCGGGGACGAUACCAACGACGACAGCGACGCCUUCAAGGAUCUCAUCUCGGAUCUCUCCGACUUCCAGCCGGACUUCCUGGACUUUGAAGAGAAGCACCAAACGCAACCUCCCCACCAGCAGCCUCCCCACCUCCAUCAACAGCAGCCACCCCAUCAGCAGCAACCUCCUCCUCCACAGCAACAGCAGCAGAUGUUACACGCCCAACAGCAGCAGCAGAUCGAGGUGAAGCAAGAAGCCUGCAUAAAGCAAGAACACCCAAGUCCCGGAAUGCUGGACAACAUGGGUAUCAAGCGGGGUAGCCCCGUAACGAACCAGUUCCCGAGUGCCUUCGGAAACGAUGGCCUCCCACCGAAACGAGGACCCUACGGGAACCCCCAAAACGGUCCCAUGUCGGAGCUCUCUCCUGCGGCACAAACCCUCAAACACAUGGCCGAACAGCACCAGCACAAAAACGCCAUGGGCAUGGGCUUCCCUCCUCGGGGACCUCAACAGAACCCCCAGCGACCACCCUACUCCGAGUUCGGCCAGUUCGGUCCCGGUCAGGACUACAUGAACGCCCCGAACAACCCCAACGGUCCUGGAGGUGUCCCACCUCAAUUCCACAAGGGCAACGUGCCUCCGUUCCCCGGUGCGGACAUGAUCAAGCAAGAACUCUACUCCCCGCAGAACGAAUUCGAUCUCAAGCCGCAGAUGGGCCGGAUGCCACCGGGUAUGGGUGUCCCCGGACCCGGUCAGAAAAUGCCAGGCCCCGGCCCGGGUCCUUUCAACAAACCCGGCCAACAGCAACAAUACUCGCCAUACGGAUCGCCGGCCGGAGGAGGCCUUCCCAAUCACGGAAGUCCACACGGCCCGGGAUACAUUCCACCGAGGGGUCCUGGACCGGGAGGGGGAGGACCCCCGGGUGCUAACAACGUUGGAGGUGCUGGAGGUGUCGGAGCGGGCGCUGCCGGAGGUCCAGGUGGACCCGGUGGUGCCGGUCCCGGACAGCAAGCGAACGGGGCUGGCAAUGGUGUUCCUCCGCGGGGUGGCCCCGGAGGUCCCAUGGGUGGAGGACCACCAAAUGCUACGAUGCUACAGAUGAAACAAACGCAGCAGCUGCACAUCAGCCAGCAGGGACCCGGUGGGCACGGGAUUCAGGUGAGUCAGAUUUGCAUGUAUCUUUUUUUUUAAGAACGAAGGGUCCUU